CUCUCUGAAUGAUUGUGGAUGUGUCUGGACCUGAAGAAAGUUGGAGAGCAAUGAUGCAUACAGUCAAGCUGCUCUGUGUGGUUUUCUCGUGCCUCUGUGCUGUUGCCUGGGCUUCGUCUCAUCGCCAGCCAUGCCAUUCACCACCACUGACCAGUGGAACAAUGAAAGUGGUUUCAACAGGGGGUCAUGACCUUGCAUCUGGAGAGUUCAGUUAUGACUCCAAAGCGAAUAAAUUUCGUUUUGUGGAGGACACUGCUCACGCGAACAAAACUGCUUAUAUGGAUGUGCUCAUACAUUUUGAAGAGGGUAUACUUUAUGAGAUAGACAGUAAAAACGAGAGUUGCAAGAAGGAGACUCUGCAGUUCCGUAAGCACCUGAUGGAGAUUCCCCCCGAUGCCACUCACGAGUCUGAGAUUUACAUGGGCAGCCCCUCCAUCACAGAGCAGGGACUCAGAGUUCGGUGGAAUGGAAAGUUGCCUGAACUUCAUGCGCACUACUCUAUGUCAACCACUUCCUGUGGCUGUUUGCCGGUCUCUGGCUCCUACUAUGGUGAGAAGAAGGAUCUUCUCUUCAGUUUCUUCGGUGUUGAAACAGAAGUUGAUGACCAGCAAGUCUUUGUUCCCCCGGCCUAUUGUGAGGGGGUGGCAUUUGAGGAGGCACCAGACGACCACAGCCUCUUCGACCUGUUCCACGACUGAAAAAAGCAUAUGAUAUACAAACGCCCAAAGAUGGCUACACACAAUAAUAAAAAGAGCAUUUAAAUGAAAAAUA